GAGUCAAUAGAUAUCUACCUAGGCGUAUAGACUACGAUCGACCAGCCACUUGACAGUGUGAAUAAUCACUACCCCGCUUGAUCCGACAACAUUAUUACCGGGCAUACCGCAACGAGAUACUCAAUCUCGUUGUUAUCACGUUUUCAACCAUAACGUAAUUCAUGCAGUGAUAGAAUAUCCCUGACAAGAAUCCAUAAAUCUAUAAACCAAGCGAUAAGACCACAAGAAACACCAUCAUAAUGUCUGCCGUACCGAUACCUGACACCGUCACCAUCCAUGAUCUCUCCGGAGAAUGGGUCAUGGACAAGGCGCGAUCGAAGGGCAUUGAAGAAGCCAUGGGCAUCCAAGGAAUAUCCUGGUUCCUCCGCAAGGCCAUCGGUCUCGCCACCGUCACCCUCAAACUGACCCACAAACCGGGCUCCAUCGAGACCCUCUCCCAAGGCACCGGCGUGCCCAUGUCCGUCGCCGAAACCAUCAACCUCGACUGGACCGAGCGCGACAAGAAGCUGCCCAUCUUCGGCGCGGUCAAGACGCGCAACCGGGAAGUCACCGUUCAAUCCUCCACAACAUCCCUCGAAGCUUCCUCCUACGGCGCCGACGCAGCUGCGGUGGAGAACGCGGAGGAUUUGAGUUGGUUGUUGGCGGAUUGGAUCCGGGGUGAGGAUGGUGGAUUGGAGAUCAUUGAGAGUCAAGUGCUUAGUACGGACGCCGGGUGGGUGUCGCAUCAGGUCUGGGGGUUUGAGAUUAUCGAUGGAAAGAAGGAGCAUGUGAGGAAAGUUGUGCUGUGGAAAGGGGCGCAGAAGACCAGGGCGCAUUUGAUUUACCAGUAUUUGGGACCGCUGAAAGCAUAGGGAGGAUCAUCGCUGCGGCGCGAAGGCUUCAAUGGUGACGAGGAGAGCGAAAUAGGAUGAUCCGUUGCUUGAACGACCAUUCUCUGGCGAAUUUAUAGCCCUCAGGUCUACGAGAUACCCAGUAGCUUUGAAUGUUGUCUAUACAUCUGGCGGCAUAGAUAGAGGUGACUGUUAAAGACUCUCAGAAAGAAAGAGGAAUCCGACAUGCA